UAUAUAAAGUAGCUGGAGCGGUUACUCUUCGCAUUUUCAGCUAAUCAAAAUUUGAGCCAUGGCUGCUCUCUCCCCCACUCAAAUCGGUGCUGAGAUUUUGAAGGCUACUGCUGAUGGAAACAAAAAAGCACUCAAGGUCAUUGGAAGGACACAUGGUAAGUCAACAAACUUAAAGCACAUCUGCGAUUUAUACAAUGACUUCGCCACGGGCCGGAGAGCCAUUCAUCACGCUGCUGAAAAGGGAAAUUUGGAGAUUUUAACACGCUUAGUGGAACGCUUCGGAGCCUUUGUUGAUAUCCCGUCUUACUGCGGGGAUACUCCUCUGAUAGAAGCUGCCAAAGAGGGACACAUCAAUGUUGUGGAAUUUCUGAUCAACCAUAAAGCUCAAGUGCAGGCAGCGAAUAAAAAGGGAUUCACUGCGUUGCAUUAUGCAGUUCAAAAAGAUAACAGGGACCUUAUGGAAUUGUUGCUGAAUAAUGGUGCUCCUACGGAGAAAGAUUCUGUGGAUGGAACACCUUUACAAAUUGCUGCAUCUCGAGGACAAAUCAAGUCUAUCAAGUUGCUGCUGAAAUAUGGAGCGGAGCCUAAUUCAAACAUUUCAGAAGUUCAGGACACCCCUCUUAUAUCAGCAAUCAAGGCGCUCUCGUAUGAAUGUGUGAAGCGUCUGAUUAAGGCUAAGGCUGACCCAGACAAGUUUUUAUAUGGGUUAACUCCUUUGGCACAUGCAGCAAAACUACCAGACACGAAAUAUCUCGAAUGUUUGAUUGCUGCUGGAGCAACUCCUGAUAAACAAUGCACAGGUCGCACAAUAGCUAUUGAGGAAGCUGCAAUGGUAGAUAAUGGUAAAGCUGUUUCGAUUUUGUUUCCAUUGACUGCAAAGCUUACAGGGUAUCAAACAUGGACUGUUGAUGGCAUAAUGAAGUACAAUCGUUCUGGACCAGCAAAAGCAAAGAGAGAGGCAUAUAAGAAACGUUACUUGGGAAUACUUGAAGGUUUAGGCAACAGUAGUACAGAGAAGGAGGAUUAUCCCACUGCAUUGAAGUGGUAUAAUGAGGCUGUUUUUAUCGACCCUGACAACGUGAGGUGGCUAUCGAUGCGAAGCAUGUGCUAUGCGAAUAUGGGCAACGGGGUGCUUGCUGCACGCGAUGCUCUGGAAUCCAUUAAACGCAACCCACAGAGGUGCCCCUGCCGCAAACCUCACUAUGCUGUCGGAGAUCAUGGCCUUGCAUGGCAACUAUUCAAGAGGUACCACAUGGCAUCCAUGGACUUCAUCUUGACUCCAGACAACUUGGAAUACAAGGAAGCAUAUAGAGUUGCUUUGUUUGAAUACUUUUCUUGGCUGUAUCUGACAAGCUGCCCAGGGGAGAUCAUGAUCUAUUUCCAGCAUUUCAUGUAGAGAGAUAAAGAGAUGUUUUGUGUCUGUACAAAUACAUUGGAGCUAAUAUCAACUGCAAAUAUUGAAUGAU